AUGGACCUCGACAACAAGCUGCGCGUACAUACGAUCGAGGUCGACACCGCCUCACCUCGACACGACCACCCGCGCAAGUGCAGCGCGUACCAGGUCCUUUUCUCGAGUCCUCAAGGUGGCUACGGCGACAUGGUCUGCAACCAGUCGCCGAACCUCCAGAGUUUUCGCCUGGACAAGUUUACCGGCGAGGCAAGGUGCCCCGGUCUCGGUUCACUUUUCGCCGACCACAUGGUUCAGUUCGACGCCGCAGUGCACCGCAACGAGUUCUUCCACUGCACGACGUGGACGGACGAGCACAUCUACCAUGCGCUCAAGACGUGUCUCGGCCCCGAGCCCGCCGAUUGGGACGACCAAGUUUUCGCCCUUAUGCGCAAGGCCAAGCGCUACGGCGAUACGUGGGCCUUGCACGCUCAUUACACGCGCAACCUUCCGAGUAUCAUCCCGAGCAGCACCGUCCUCGACAUCUUUUGCAGCUACGCGUGUCCCGAGCACUUGCCGUUGCUCCUUGGCCACAUUGAUGAACGCCGGCGCAACGAUGCCGCCAUGCUGGACGAGCUCGUGCAGCGCCUUCCGCGCAACGACUGCCGCCACGAGAUUAUGCCAACGGCACGCACCAUCGAGUCCGACGCCAUGGUGAUCUGCGCCAAGUGUCAGGACGACGACAAGUGCGACGCCAAGCGCUGCAACGAACGCUGCGCCAAGCGGGAAGACGAGCGAAGGUGGAACCAUGAGCAUUGCUACAGUCGCGACGUCGAGCGCCAGGUUGAACAGCGCGAUGACGAUGAUCCGCGCCAGGACAACCAAACCGGCGAUGACGACCAGCACGAUGACAAAGCCCCGCGCCAGAACAACCAGGAUCAGGACGACACCCCGCGUGAUGACGCGACGAACCAGGAUGACGCCAAGCGCCAGUCCAACAAGCGACGCGACGAGCGGCGGUACCGCAAGGACGACUGCAUGAGCAUCCACGCCGAUCUCGCUCCUCGCGGACCAGGACGAGGAGAUCAUGAGCUCGCACACCAUGCGAUGGCCAAGGCGCCCGCCGGCGCGCGCGACGACAAGGGCAACGUCAUCGCCAAGACGAAGCGAGACACCAUCAGCUACUCGUAG